UGGGCUAUAAAUACAGUCGCUUGUUGUUUUCGUUUGAGCAGACACCACCAGCGGACACCAAAAAAUCAUCCACACAAUAUAACAGCGAAAUUGGCUUGUAUCCGCUCAUUCAUUUCCAGGUUAUCAUUCGCGGAAGAUUGACGGCAACUUUCCUUUCUAAAAAAAUGGCUCCUAUCACUUUAUAUACAACUCCUCGAACGCCGGCUGGAAGAGCCGUGGAACUUACUGCCAAAAUCAUUGGAGUAGAGCUGGACAUCAAAAUUAUGGAUCUUGUGAAUAAGGAACAUUUGACUGAAGAGUUUCUGAAACUCAAUCCUCAGCAUACUGUUCCGACUAUUGUUGAUGAUGGUGUUCCUCUGUAUGACAGUCAUGCGAUUAUCAUCUACUUGGUGUCGAAAUACGCUAAAGAUGACAGUCUGUACCCAAAGGACCUUGUCACGCAGGCACGCAUCAAUGCGUUGUUGCAUUUCGAGUCCGGAAUACUGUUCGCCCGGCUCCGGGGAACGCUGGCUCCGAUCUUUUAUCAAGGCCAUCCGGAAAUACCGGAAGAUAAGCGGAAAUCAAUCUAUGAUGCGUAUGAUCUACUGGAAGGCAUGCUGCAGUCAGAUUACUUGGUUGGUGAUUCGCUAACCCUGGCCGAUAUCAGCUGCAGCACUUCGCUGACAACGCUGAACCUGCUGUUCCCAGUGGACGCCGAUAAGUGUCCCAAGCUGGUUGCGUAUUUGAAGCGCCUGGAGCAAAACCUACCCAACCAUAAGGAGUUCAAUUUAGAACGUUCAAAGCUGUCGGAAGCUCACCUAAAGCAGAAGCUCAUUGAGAAUAAGAAGUCGCAAAAUUAAUGAUCUUGAAAAUAUAAUAUUCCUAUGAA